AAAAUAGUGGCAAGGAUUUUGAUGUCGCAAAGAACUUGAAAGGACCGGAACAGGUCACGUAAGAGAUGUCUCCAUAUUUGGAGUUCGUUUUACUCCAUACCCUCCUGUUUUCAAAGAUCACCGCUGGCUCUAACGUCUGCCGCUCCAGUUUCCCAGAUACCAAUCACGUUCUCACUGGUCACGUGAUACGGACUCUAAACCACAAGACUUUUGAGAGCUGCACAUUUUCUUGCGAAAUUGAGCCGAAGUGUUUCAGUAUCAACUUCAUGUCAUCGCGAGGAACCUGUCAACUCAACAGAGCAACCAAGGAUUCUUUCCCAAAAGAUGUUAUGAAACAGAAGGGAGCAGUUUAUUUGGACAUGGUGAUCCGCCAGUAUCACCAUGAUCGUGAUACUUGUGAGAGUAUGCCCUGUAAAAAUGGAGGCACGUGUGUCAUGAGUCCGACUUUGAAGUGCAAUUGUCUUGAUGGUUACACUGGGCUUCACUGUCAAAACCUACAGGCGCUAGGAAUGGAAAACGGAGACAUACCUAAUGAGAAUAUAAAUGGCUCUACGUCCUUAAGCGGUUAUGAAGCAUGGAAAGGACGUUUAAAUGGAAAAUCUUGCUGGAGACCUGCACAAAACUUAGAUGGUGAAUACAUUACAGUAACGUUCGCGAGCAAAAAAACCGUAAUUGCCAUAGCAACACAAGGUAGCCCGGAUGAUAAAUUUUGGGUUCAAAGCUUCACCUACCAGUACUUUGCUGAUGCUUCUCUAAAUGACCCUAAUAAGGAAUGCCAAGCUAACAAGAACAACACUUCAGUUGUUAUGCACAAGUUCUCACCAGCUCUCCAAAAUGUCAAGUGGAUCCGAAUUCAUCCACGAACUUGGCACGGGUAUAUGGCAUUGAGGCUGGAGGUGUACGGAUACUGAUCAUAAACAUUUCGAAAAAGAAGGUUCACAUUAAAGGCCAGUUUAGCCGAGUGCAUUGAAAGUUAGUAAUGGCAGGUUAUUUGCCACUCUACCGGCGCUUAGAGAGGCUGCAGUUUUCAUUAAACUGAGUGUCAUUAGAGAUGUGUUGUGUCGCUCUGACGUGGUUAACCAGUUAAAAAAGAAAAUUUAAAUUAAAACCAA